GCUUGAGUAGGAGGAGACUGGCCUGCCAACAGCCAGCCUUGGAUAUCACUCUCUCAAAAGGAAUAUGACAAACCUGAAGCUAUACCUGAGGAGGUAGCUACAGCUGAACCAGGGUAAAGAGGCGUGUGUUCCCAUGGAUGAUUCAACCCUGUCUAGCAGUGUUGAUGUAGACAAAGGCUUUGCCAUUGCCUUUGUUGUCCUUCUAUUUCUGUUCCUAAUUGUGAUGAUUUUUCGGUGUGCCAAGUUGGUGAAGAAUCCCUAUGAGGCCAGCUCCCCAACCACGGAACCAUCUCUGAGCUGAACUAUGAAAAAGCCUGAUAGACUCUCCAUCCCAGGAGAUUUGAAAUCUACUGUACAGAUAUUUAGGACCCAGACUUUAUAUUAUUUCACCUCUCUAUGUGUCAGCCUUCUCAUUCUUGCAUUCCACAAUAGGCACAUGAGGGUGAGUUGAAAAUCACAAAAAGGAUGAAACACGAGCCAAUUUAUAUUGUUCCUUUUCAGGGAAAUGGUUACAAAAUAGGAUCGAGACAGGCUGAACUCAUUGAUUAAAAUAAGGCCAUGGGUUUCAACUCUCCAGUAUCAAGUGUCCUAAGAUACAAUAGUUGGACAUAACUGUAUGAUGUAAUGUAAUACAAUGAUACUUGGUGAGUCCUACCGAAAGCCAGAACUCCUAAAGGCAGUAUUAGGAGAUGAUCCCUUUAGCUUAGCAAAUAUAAAGCCAGCAGGAAUCAAUUGUCCUAUGAUAAGAGUCUAAAACGACCUUUAAAAAAAUUUUUUUAAUUUAUGCAUUUCUUUGAGAGAGAAAGAGAGAGAGAGAGAGAUGAGUGGGGCAGGAGCAGAGGGGAAGGAGAAAGAAUCCCGAGCAAACUCGUGCUGAGCACGCAGCCCUACUCUGGUCUCAGGCUCCAUAAGGGGCUCAAUUCCACGACGCUGAGAUCAUGAUCCCAGCCGAAACCAAGAGUCAGAGGCCUACCGACUGAUCCACCCAGGUGCCCUUAAUAGGAGGAGCUUUUUAGUGUGUAUGGUUUUGUAAAAUCUGCUGCCUUUCUCAAGUGGGUAGAGCUCUGUGACAGAGGGGGAGGUAAAAGAGAUUUACCUUUAGUGAAUCCCUCAUUCUUUUUCACCCCACAACCCUUCAUCUAUAAAAUAACAUCUAGGAGAUUGAAAAGGGGCCCUCCAAAAGAUACAACCAUGUCCUUACCCUUGAAACCUAUGAAAGUGACCUUAUUUGGUAAAAGGAUCUUUUUUUUUAAAUUUUAUUUA